CCUUGGUGCACGUAGCAGUUGCGCUCCAAGGCGUGGGGCAGACAAGCAGCCCGGAGUGUGUGUAUGGGGGGUGGGGGGAUCAACCAACGGGAGGCCGCAGAUACGCGAAGCGGAGGAACCAAAACGGCAAACGAAACGUUUCCUCCCUUUCCUAAUUGAUAUUCCCUUCGCCUCGCCCGCCACGGCGCCGCCGCCGCCUCCGCUCCAGAUCCGACCACCCCAAAAAUAGCGCCCCCCAAAACCCUACCCCGCCCCCCGCCGCCGGACUAAACCCCAUCCCUUUCGCGGCCGCCGCCAUGGCCGGCCCAUCCGGCGCCUCCUCCUCUCGCGGCCUCGGCAUCGACCGCUUCUACAGCCCGCCCCACGUCCGCCGCCAGCAGCAGGAGGAGCAGCAGCAGCUCCUGCGGCUCAAGGGGAUGAGCCAGGGACAGAGACCGGCCUCGGCACUGACGCCAAGGGCUGCGAGGCAGAAGCCGCCGCCGCCUCCGGGGACGGCGGAGACUGCCGCAGCCGCGCCCAGGGAAGUGGAACAGCGGGCUGACGGAGCUGUUCCACCGUCGGUGCCGUCCGUUGCCAAGGCGGCGGCGAUGGUGUUGGUGGGCCCGGCGCCGGCGCCCGCGGCGGCCGCAGAUGAGGCGGGGAAUCUGGAGAGGUUCCUCAGCUCCACCACGCCCUCCGUGCCCGUGCAGUACUUGCCCAAGACAAGCAUGAGGGAUUGGAGGAGUGGUGAUGCUAUGAAUUCACCACCGUAUUUCUGCCUCGGAGAUCUCUGGGAUGCUUUCAAGGAGUGGAGUUUUUACGGGGCUGGUGUCCCCCUUGUGUUAAAUGGCAGUGAUUCUGUGAUACAGUAUUAUGUGCCAUACCUUUCUGCUAUACAGCUGUAUGCAGACCCAUCAAGGCUUUCAGCAAGGAGCAGGCAUCCUUGGGAGGAAAGUGAUGGGGAAUCUAUGGAUACUAGCAGCGAAGGUAGCAGUGAAACUGAUGUUGACCAAUUAAGAUUAAGUGGUUCAUCCCUGGAAGCUACAUUCCCAUUGGAGGGUGGUUUUCAAAGGGAUGACAGUGAAAUACAUUCACCAUCAACUCGUCCAGUAUUUGAGUAUCUUGAGACAGAUCCACCGUUUGGAAGAGAACCUUUAACAGACAAGGUAUCAAUCCUUGCAAGUAAAUUUCCAGAUUUGAAGACAUUCAGAAGUUGUGAUCUGCUGCCAAUCAGUUGGAUGUCUGUUGCAUGGUACCCGAUCUAUAGAAUCCCAACUGGACCAACACUCAAGGAUCUAGACGCAUGUUUCUUGACAUUUCAUUACUUAUCAACACCUUCCAAGGAUACUGAUCCCAGUACACCAGCAAGCCCCCGUUUCGGGGGCAUCAACCUCUGUAUGAACGAAGCUGGUAAGCUAACAUUGCCGGUCUUUGGACUGGCAUCAUACAAACUGCGGAGCUCCAUUUGGUCAUCAAAUAGGCCCAAGGAGCAGCAACUUGCAGCCUCGCUUAUGCAGGUGGCAGAUGACUGGCUUCGCCACCGUCAAGUGUAUCAUCCAGACUUCCGGUUCUUUCUCACCCACUACAACACAGCACGGAGAUGACACCGGUUGCUUCAGCUUUCGUUGUAAAUUGUUUUUAGUAUUUUCUGUUGUCGGCUGAGCCGGGCUGCUUGUAACACUAUGUUGAUCGUUGUGUAACAUAGCGUUUACACCUUGGAACUUUCUGUACCGGUCGAUAGUUUAACACCAGAAGCUAAUUUGUAAUGUCUCCAAUAUUUUUUUGUUUGGUGUAGGUAAACUUUUGAGAGGAGUAAAGAACAUAAUGGAGACCUGUAAGACACAAAACUGAUUACUAUAAAAUUUAAAUUCAUAGACUUGAGGACA